UGUGUGUGUGUGUGUGUGUCUCAGGUUAACUGGUAGGCGUUAGUCAUGUGUGAAGGCACAAUCGACUCUAAGGGAGAUAAGGAGCCACCACGCCUCACAGGUCUGCCGGGGUUGCCAAAUGCAUCAAUGGGCAGUACCAUCCAGUAACUGAAACAAGACUCGUAGCAUCACCAAGGCUCCCCUUCCAUUCAUCCAUCCCUACCUCUCAGAAACUGUGGAAAUAAAGCAAUGGCAAACAACUUCGCCAGAAUUUUGUCCGGCAAACGAAAUGUGGGCAUUAUGUCACUAGUUGGAGCCGGGUCUUUGACAGCGGCCUUUCUGCUCAACCGUGAACAUGUCACCGCCGGAGCGCAAGUACGGAGAGUGUACCCUGCCAGUGCGGACUAUCCGGACCUGCGCAAGCACAACAACUGCAUGGCCAGCCACCUGACACCUGCCAUCUAUGCCAAGCUGGUGGACAAGGCCACGCCCAACGGCUACACUCUUGACCAGGCCAUCCAGACUGGCGUGGACAACCCCGGGCACCCCUUCAUCAAGACUGUGGGCAUGGUGGCAGGGGAUGAGGAGUCCUACGAGGUGUUUGCAGACCUCCUUGACCCGGUCAUCAAGGAGAGGCACAAUGGCUACGACCCUCAGACUAUGACCCAUCCCACUGACUUGGACUCCAGCAAGCUCAAGUCGGGCAAAUUCGACGAGCGCUAUGUGCUGUCGUCGCGGGUCAGGACGGGCCGUAGCAUCAGGGGACUGAGCCUGCCCCCGGCAUGUACCCGGGCAGAGCGCCGGGAGGUGGAGAAGGUGGUGGUGGACGCCCUGGCUGGCCUGAAGGGAGACCUGGCGGGGACAUAUUACAGCCUCACCCACAUGACAGACCAGGAGCAGCAGCAGCUCAUUGACGACCACUUCCUGUUCGAUAAACCCGUGUCCCCUCUGCUGACCUGUUCGGGGAUGGCCCGUGAUUGGCCAGAUGCACGCGGUAUCUGGCAUAACAACACAAAGACCUUCCUGAUCUGGAUCAAUGAAGAGGAUCACACCAGAGUCAUCUCUAUGGAGAAGGGAGGCAACAUGAAGAGAGUGUUUGACCGCUUCUGCACAGGCCUGAAAGAGGUGGAGAGGCUGAUCCAGGAGAAAGGCUGGGAGUUCAUGUGGAAUGAGAGACUGGGCUACAUCCUUACGUGCCCCUCCAACCUGGGCACUGGGCUCCGUGCUGGAGUACACGUCAACCUGCCCAAGCUCAGCAAGGACCCUCGCUUCACUAAGAUCCUGGACAACCUGCGACUGCAGAAGAGAGGAACCGGGGGAGUGGACACUGCAGCCGUGGGAAGCACCUUCGACAUCUCCAACCUGGACAGACUGGGCCAGUCAGAGGUCCAGCUAGUGCAGACGGUGGUGGACGGCGUCAACUACCUGAUCGAAUGUGAGAAGAAGCUGGAGAAGGGUCAGGACAUCAAGAUCCCUCCGCCGGUCAGGAAAUAGACUAACCCCCCCCCCUCCCAGUAGACUAACCACCCCCUCCCAAUAGACUAACCC